GAGGAAGAAUUUAAAUGGCUUUUACAAGAAGAGGUCCAUGCUGUUUUGAAACAGCUGCAGGAUAUUUUGAAGGAGGCCUCUCACCGGUUCGCCCUGCCCACCAGCGGCUUGGGAGGAGCUGUCAAGCAGGAGAACUUUGUGCUGAGCCCCUCGGGCACAGACCAGGUGAAAGGUGUGUUGACGCUGCAGGGAGAUGCCCUGUGUCAAGCUGAUGUUAAUCUGAAAAUGCCCAGAAACAAUCAGCUCCUGCAUUUUGCAUUUCGGGAAGACAAGCAGUGGAAAUUGCAGCAGAUCCAGGAUGCUAGAAACCAUGUUAACCAAGCCAUUUACCUGCUCAUGAACAGAGAUAUAAACUACCAGUUCAAAACAGGCUCAGAGGUUCUCAAGCUUAUGGAUGCUGUGAUGUUACAGCUCUCAAGAGCCCGCAAUCGGCUUACCACUCCAGCCACCCUGACUCUACCAGAGGUUGCUUCCAGUGGUCUCACAAAAAUGUUCACCCCUGCUCUGCCUCCAGACAUCCUUGUGAAUUUUUAUAUUAACCUGAAUAAGCUGUGCCUGACUAUCUACCAACUCCAUGUACUGCAGCCCAGCACAACCAAGAACUUCAAGCCUGCUGGAGGGUCCAUUUUGCACAACCCUGGAGCCAUGUUUGAGUUUGGCAACCAGCGGUAUGAAGUCAGCCAUGUCCAUAAAGUGGAAUGUGUUGUCCCAUGGUUAAAUGACGCCCUUGUCUUCUUCACAGUUUCACUGCAGCUUUGCCAGCAGCUGAAGGACAAGAUCUCCGUUUUCUCCAGUUACUGGAACUACAGGCCAUAUUAAUUCUCUGGGAAGUGUCCAAGCCCUUCCAGCAUCUCUCUGUUUUCAGCGUGGAAGCUGAGUCCAGGUCAGCCGGAGGAGUGCUGCAGUUUGCUCUCCCGUGGCCCUCCAUAGGGUAGGGUCACUGUAUCCAGAGACUUUGGUGGCCUUGUCUGGGACUGCUGCGUGAGCAGGGCACCAAGCUGUGCUGCGUGGUUGGCAAGAGCUUACACCUGCCUUUGUUCUCCUGUGCGUUGUGCAGCU